AAUCAGCGAAAGAUGAGCAUCUGACCUCUCUCCUGUCUUCUCUUCUUCUCGUCGACCAACUCCGGCUCAGAUCCGAUCUCUCUCCCUCCCUCCCUCCCUCCCCUUCCACCACUCCAGACCCGACAGAGAUCUCCACACCGCCGCCCCUCGCCAUGGCGGCUGCCAACGCCCCCAUCGCCAUGCGCGAGGCCCUCACGCUGACCAGCCUGGGCAUCGCGCCCAACUUCGUCACCUUCACCCAUGUCACCAUGGAGUCGGAGAAGUACAUCUGCGUCCGCGAGACCUCCCCGCAGAACAGUGUCGUCAUCAUCGACAUGGCCAUGCCCAUGCAGCCACUCCGACGACCCAUCACCGCGGACUCCGCGCUCAUGAACCCCAACACCAGAAUCCUCGCACUCAAAGCUCAAAUACCUGGAACAACACAGGAUCACCUUCAAAUAUUUAAUAUUGAGGCUAAAACGAAAAUAAAGUCUCAUCAGAUGCCAGAGCAGGUUGUGUUUUGGAAAUGGAUCACGCCUAAGCUGUUGGGUUUAGUAACACAAACAUCAGUUUAUCAUUGGUCAAUUGAAGGUGAUUCUGAACCCGCCAAGAUGUUUGAUAGGACAGCUAAUUUGGCAAAUAAUCAGAUCAUCAACUAUCGAUGUGACCCAUCGGAGAAGUGGCUUGUGCUUAUUGGAAUCGCACCUGGUGCUCCAGAGAGGCCACAACUGGUGAAGGGAAAUAUGCAACUUUUUUCUGUUGAUCAGCAGCGUAGCCAAGCACUUGAAGCCCAUGCAGCAUCUUUUGCAACAUUUAAGGUUGUUGGUAACGAGAACCCGUCAACACUCAUCUGUUUUGCCUCAAAGACAACUAAUGCUGGACAGAUCACUUCAAAGUUACAUGUUAUUGAACUGGGUGCCCAGCCAGGGAAACCUGGCUUUUCUAAGAAGCAAGCCGACCUCUUCUUUCCACCAGAUUUCCAGGAUGAUUUUCCUGUGGCAAUGCAGAUCUCACAAAAGUAUGGCCUUGUCUAUGUAAUUACAAAGCUUGGCCUUUUGUUUGUAUAUGACUUGGAAACUGCCGCAGCAGUUUACAGAAAUAGAAUCAGCCCAGAUCCUAUAUUCUUGACAGCAGAAUCCUCCACGACAGGUGGUUUUUAUGCCAUCAACAGGAGAGGGCAGGUUUUACAUGCCACAGUUAAUGAUGCAACCGUUGUGCCUUUUGUCAGUGGUCAAUUAAACAACCUUGAGCUCGCUGUGAAUCUUGCCAAGAGAGCUAAUCUUCCUGGUGCAGAGAACUUGGUUGUGCAAAGAUUCCAGGAACUGUUUGCACAAACGAAAUACAAAGAAGCAGCUGAGCUGGCUGCAGAAUCUCCUCAGGGCCUCCUGAGGACACCUGAUACUGUUGCAAAAUUUCAGAGUGUUCCUGUGCAAGCUGGGCAAACACCCCCACUGUUGCAGUACUUUGGUACAUUGCUAACUCGAGGGAAACUCAAUGCUUUCGAGUCUCUUGAGCUCUCUCGACUUGUUGUCAAUCAGAACAAAAAGAACCUUCUGGAAAAUUGGUUGGCGGAAGACAAGCUGGAGUGCAGUGAAGAACUUGGAGAUCUUGUCAAGACUGUGGACAAUGAUCUUGCACUGAAAAUAUACAUAAAGGCUAGGGCGACUCCUAAAGUUGUUGCUGCUUUUGCUGAAAGGAGGGAGUUUGACAAGAUACUUAUAUAUUCAAAGCAGGUUGGGUACACUCCAGAUUAUCUUUUCCUCCUCCAGACCAUCUUACGCACGGAUCCACAGGGUGCUGUGAACUUUGCUCUCAUGAUGUCACAAAUGGAGGGAGGUUGUCCAGUAGAUUACAAUACUAUAACUGAUCUCUUCCUUCAGAGAAACCUGAUACGAGAGGCAACAGCUUUUCUGUUGGAUGUUUUGAAACCUAACUUGCCAGAGCAUGCUUUUCUUCAAACCAAGGUUUUGGAGAUCAACUUAGUGACAUACCCAAACGUUGCUGAUGCCAUUCUUGCUAAUGGUAUGUUCAGUCAUUAUGACCGCCCUCGUAUUGCUCAGCUGUGUGAAAAGGCUGGCUUGUACCUGCGAGCCCUCCAGGUGAGUACCUUUGCAUUGGUGCAGUUAAUUAUUUCUCUUUGCUUCUCUGGAACUAAUCUUAUAUACGUUGUGAUGCAGCAUUACUCAGAGUUACCUGAUAUCAAGCGUGUCAUUGUAAAUACCCAUGCCAUUGAGCCACAGGCACUUGUGGAGUUCUUCGGCACCCUUUCAAAAGAGUGGGCAUUAGAGUGCAUGAAGGACCUUCUACUGGUCAAUCUGAGGGGAAAUCUUCAAAUAGUUGUGCAGGCUGCGAAAGAAUACUCGGAGCAGCUAGGAGUUGACGCUUGCAUAAAACUAUUUGAGCAGUUCAAAUCUUACGAGGGCCUUUACUUUUUCUUGGGAUCCUAUCUGAGUUCCAGUGAGGACCCAGAUAUCCAUUUCAAAUACAUAGAAGCAGCUGCAAGGACUGGACAGAUCAAAGAAGUUGAACGUGUAACCAGAGAGUCUAACUUUUAUGAUGCUGAGAAGACAAAGAACUUUUUGAUGGAAGCAAAACUACCUGAUGCCCGCCCACUGAUUAAUGUUUGUGACCGCUUUGGUUUUGUUCCAGAUCUAACUCACUAUCUGUAUACGAACAAUAUGCUUCGGUAUAUCGAAGGCUAUGUACAGAAAGUGAAUCCUGGAAAUGCUCCCUUGGUAGUGGGGCAACUACUCGAUGACGAGUGCCCUGAAGAUUUCAUCAAGGGUUUGAUUCUCUCUGUUCGUUCUCUCCUUCCUGUUGAGCCACUAGUUGAUGAAUGCGAGAAGAGGAACCGGCUACGGUUGCUCACACAGUUCUUGGAGCACUUAGUGAGUGAGGGUAGCCAAGAUGUGCAUGUCCACAAUGCUCUUGGGAAAAUCAUCAUUGACAGCAACAAUAAUCCAGAGCAUUUCCUUACCACCAACCCAUUUUAUGACUCUCGUGUUGUGGGUAAAUACUGUGAAAAGCGGGAUCCUACACUUGCUGUUGUUGCUUACAGACGUGGGCAGUGUGACGAUGAACUUAUUAAUGUCACUAACAAAAACUCACUGUUCAAGCUGCAAGCUAGAUACGUCGUUGAAAGAAUGGAUGGUGACCUGUGGGAUAAAGUUCUUCAGCCUGAAAAUGAAUAUAGGAGGCAACUCAUUGACCAAGUGGUUUCUACCGCAUUGCCUGAGAGCAAGAGCCCUGAGCAAGUGUCUGCUGCUGUUAAGGCUUUCAUGACAGCCGACCUCCCUCAUGAACUGAUCGAGCUUCUCGAAAAGAUUGUCCUUCAGAAUUCCGCGUUCAGUGGAAACUUCAAUCUGCAGAACUUGCUCAUCUUGACUGCCAUCAAGGCGGACCCAUCCAGAGUCAUGGACUAUGUUAACAGAUUGGACAACUUUGAUGGGCCUGCCGUUGGAGAAGUUGCUGUUGAAGCACAACUGUACGAGGAGGCUUUUGCUAUAUUCAAGAAGUUCAACUUAAACGUGCAGGCUGUCAAUGUUCUCUUGGAUAACAUCCGAAGCAUAGAAAGAGCUGAAGAGUUUGCUUUCCGUGUUGAAGAAGAUGCUGUUUGGAGCCAGGUUGCUAAGGCCCAGUUACGUGAAGGUUUAGUCAGCGAGGCAAUUGAGUCCUUCAUUCGUGCAGAUGAUGCAGCACAUUUUCUUGAUGUCAUCCGUGCUGCUGAGGAAGCCAAUGUGUACAAUGACUUAGUUAAGUACCUUCUGAUGGUAAGGCAAAAGGCAAGAGAGCCCAAAGUCGAUGGAGAACUCAUCUUUGCAUAUGCUAAGAUUGAUAGACUCAGUGACAUUGAAGAGUUCAUUCUUAUGCCAAAUGUCGCCAACCUCCAAAAUGUCGGUGACCGUCUGUAUGAUGCAGAACUAUAUGAAGCUGCAAAGAUAAUCUAUGCCUUCAUCUCAAACUGGGCUAAGCUGGCUGUUACCCUGGUUAAGCUGAAGCAGUUCCAAGGUGCUGUGGAUGCUGCUCGCAAGGCUAACAGUGCUAAAACAUGGAAGGAGGUCUGCUUUGCUUGUGUUGACGCUGAGGAGUUCCGUCUUGCACAGAUAUGUGGUCUCAAUAUUAUUGUCCAGGUUGAUGACUUGGAUGAAGUGAGUGAAUACUACCAAAAUAGAGGAUGCUUCAGUGAACUUAUCUCUCUCAUGGAGAGUGGUCUUGGGCUUGAACGUGCACACAUGGGCAUCUUUACAGAAUUGGGAGUUCUGUAUGCUAGAUACCGCACUGAGAAGCUAAUGGAACACAUCAAACUUUUCUCCACCCGUCUCAACAUUCCUAAGCUUAUCCGGGCUUGUGAUGAGCAACAACACUGGAAAGAACUUACCUACCUAUACAUACAGUAUGAUGAAUUUGACAAUGCUGCCACCACUAUCAUGAACCAUUCUCCAGAUGCAUGGGAUCAUAUGCAAUUCAAAGAUGUUUGUGUUAAAGUUGCAAAUGUUGAGCUAUAUUACAAGGCAGUGCACUUCUAUUUGCAAGAGCACCCAGAUCUCAUCAAUGAUAUGCUAAAUGUUCUUGCGCUUCGUUUAGAUCAUACCAGAGUUGUAGACAUAAUGCGCAAGGCUGGUCAGUUGCAUCUUGUGAAGCCGUAUAUGGUUGCAGUUCAGAGUAACAAUGUCACUGCUGUGAAUGAAGCGUUGAAUGAGCUUUAUGUUGAAGAGGAAGACUACGAGAGACUCCGUGAAUCAGUUGAUAUGCAUGAUAACUUUGAUCAGAUAGGUCUUGCCCAGAAGCUUGAGAAGCAUGAAUUGCUUGAGAUGAGGAGGAUUGCUGCCUACAUUUACAAGAAGGCUGGCAGAUGGAAGCAAUCCAUUGCUCUAUCGAAGAAAGACAACAUGUACAAGGAUUGCAUGGAGACAUGCUCACAGUCUGGUGACCGUGAGCUGUCAGAGGACUUGCUUGUCUAUUUUAUCGAGCAGGGGAAGAAAGAAUGCUUUGCUUCUUGCCUCUUCAUUUGUUAUGACUUGAUUCGGCCGGAUGUUGCUCUUGAGCUUGCAUGGAUGAACAACAUGGUGGACUUUGCUUUCCCAUAUCUGUUGCAGUUCAUUCGUGAAUACACUAUCAAGGUCGAUGAUUUAGUGAAGGACAAAAUUGAAUCACAAAAAGAAGAAAGAGCCAAAAAGGAGGAGGAAAAAGAUCUUGUUGCUCAGCAGAACAUGUACGCACAAUUGCUUCCUCUUGCCUUGCCCGCUCCACCGAUGCCUGGUAUGGGUGGUCCUCCAUCGAUGCCUGGUAUGGGCGGUCCUCCACCGAUGCCUGGUAUGGGCAUGCCUCCAAUGGGUGGAAUGGGUAUGCCUCCAAUGCCAGCAUUUGGGAUGCCUCCAAUGGGAAGCUACUAAUUUGAGAUGUUAGAUGAUUCGAACAUUUCAGUUUAAGCGGAAGUGAAACUUGGAGGUUCCAGAGGUAUCUUUGGAGUUGUAGAUGAUUUGUUGUUCCAAUUAAUAUUCUUUUUGGUACCGGGACAAUUUUGGCGAGUAAAAUCUCUAGCCGAGUUUGAGAUUGUGGUUGCUAUGUAUUACGAUGGGAUAGGAUCAUGAUGAUUAGGCUCAACGUGAGCUGUGCAAAGCUGGUACCAUUUGUAUAGUUGGUGAUAAUAUUUGUAGACAUUUUGCUUGUACACUUGAUCACCUCAGCGUCGCUGUUGUCAGACAAACAAUGUAUGUUAUUUACCUCGUUACGCUAAAAUUUUUAGUGGUUUGUUUUUGUUUA